GAUCACUGACUAUCCCUUUAAAUGCAGUCUCAUGACUUAGUCUUUACUCCACUACCUAUUAAAGAAGGAGACAAGACGUUCAUAGACAGCUUCCAUUCAGACACACAGAAGGACACAGAAAGGCAAGACAAUUUAACUGUGUGAUUACCUGGUGGAGAGCGUUCCCAGCUCGCCUUCAUGUUGCCCAUUUCCUUCUCUGCAUUUAUCCUCUCUGCUUGCUGCUUAACCAAAGGAAACUGCAUCUCCUAUGAUGAGCUGAAAGAGCUGAAAACUGAAUUCGCCAUCAAUCUCUACCGGCAUAUAUCUGAAGCAGAGAACAGAACCAAUCUGGUAGUCUCUCCAGCAAGUGUGGCUGUUUCUUUGGAGCUGCUGCAGUUUGGAGCGCAAGGAAAUACCUUUACAGAGCUGCAGGAUGCCCUAGGAUACAACAUUCAUGAUCAAAGCGCGCAGGACUUCUUGCGCACAGUGUAUGAAGGAGUGACCGACUCGAGCCAAGGCACAGUGGUUCAGCUGGCAUGUUCCUUCUUUGUGGAUGCUGGCACGCAGCUCUCGCCUCACUUCACUGCACAUGCUGCACGCUGGGCGAACAGCAGCCUGCAGCAAACCAACUUUACUGACCCCAACAGGACCACGGCCCAAAUACAGGAAUGGAUCACCAGUAACCUUGCAGAUGGGGAUGUGCGUGGCAUGCUGUUGGAGACUGCUAGGUCGUCGCUUAGCCAGGUUGCCUUGGUGAGCACCAUGUAUUUCAGAAGCACGUGGCAAAAGAAGUUUUCCCUUAUGGACACUCAGAUGUUGCCUUUUACCACAUCAGAGGGCUCAACCCUGAAAGUGCCCACGAUGCAUCAUACAGCUGAAGUUAACUACGGCCAGUUCCAGACUGCGGCUCUGGAGGCGUUCAGUGUGGUCGAGUUACCCUACCUGGGGGAGAAACACAGCAUGUUCCUAGUGCUUCCCAGCCAUAAAAGAACACCUUUGUCCCAGAUUGAGUCUCACCUUUCUGCCAAAGACAUAACUCUCUGGGCCAACAGCUUAAAGAGAACAAAGAUGGACAUUUUUCUACCUAGGUUCAGUAUUCAAAGCCUUUUUGACCUAAAGACAGUUUUUUCUGCCUUGGGAGUUAAAGACGCAUUUGAUCCCAUCACUGCUAAUUUUAAAGGCAUUUCAGAUCAAGAUAGUCUUUACAUUUCGGAAGCUAUUCACAAAGCAGAGAUUGAAAUAACAGAAGAUGGUACAAAGGCAUCAGGAGCUACAGCAAUGGUAUUACUAAAAAGAUCUCGAACACCUAUUUUCAAAGCAGACCGACCCUUCACAUUUUUUCUGAGACAAGCUAAUACAGGUUCAGUACUCUUUAUAGGAAGAGUUACAAAUCCUUCAUAAUAAGCACUAAACAAAUAAACUGUCUUCUGUUCCUCCUAUGUUGAUAUGCAAAAGGUGAAGUUUGGACAGUCUAUCUACAGGAUACUGUAAGGAACAGUUUCUACCUGGAUCAACA